GCCUCCGCACGUUUGGAAGUUAGGGGCUGGAGGGGCCUGGUCCGGUUACAGCUUUCGCCCCUUUUUCUACCAGCCCUUCCUCCAGGUUUGUCCACACUUUGAAGCCUCACUUCCUCACCCGGGCCGCCGCUGGAACUCACGAAGUACCCUUAAAGAAGAGGCCCUCAGAAGGUUCUCUUAAGAAGAUAAAGUAGUGGAAACGAGUCUCCUGAGCUUUUCUGGCCCUAAAUGGCUGCAGAAUCAAGGAAAUCUUUAACCCCAUCCCCACCAGACCAGGCUCCUGAAGAGGACCUUGUAAUCAUCAAGGUAGAGGAAGAUCAUGGUUGGGACCAGGAAUCAAGUCUACAUGAAAAUAACCCUCCUGGCCAAGAGCUAUUCCGCCUGCGCUUCAGGAAGUUAUGCUACCAAGAGACACUAGGACCCCGAGAAGCUCUGAUCCAACUCCGAGCACUUUGCCAUCAGUGGCUGAGGCCAGAUUUGAACACCAAGGAGCAGAUCCUGGAGCUGCUGGUGCUGGAGCAGUUCUUGACCAUCCUACCUGAGGAGCUCCAGACUCUGGUUAAGGAACAUCAUCUCGAGAAUGGAGAGGAGGUGGUGACUCUAUUGGAAGAUUUGGAAAGGCAAAUUGAUAUACUAGGACGGCCAGUCCCUGCUCGUGCACAUGGACAUAGGGUACUCUGGGAGGAGGUCAUGCAUUCCAAAUCUGCACCAGAGCCUCCGGAUACUCAGCUCCAACCUGUGGCAACCCAGCACAAGUCUCCAGUGCUCCAAGGGCCACAAGACAGAGCCAUGUCUGCUUCACAGAGUCCUACCCCUUCCCAGAAAGGAAGUCCUCGAGACCAGGAGAUGACAGCUACACUUCUUACAGCAGGGUUCCAGACUUUGGAGAAGAUUGAAGACAUGGCUGUGUCCCUAAUUCGAGAGGAAUGGCUUCUUGAUUCAUCACAGAAGGAUCUGAGUAGAGAUAACAGGCCAGAGAAUUACAGAAACAUGUUCUCCCUGGGUGGUGAGACCAGGAAUGAGAACAGGGAAUUAGCUUCAAAACAGGUAAUAUCUACUGGAAUCCAACCACAUGGAGAGACAGCUGCCAAAUGCAACGGGGAUGUUAUCGGGGGUCUUGAGCAUGGAGAAGCCCGAGACCUUCUGGGCACAUUAGAGAGGCAGCGGGGAAAUCCCACCCAAGAGAGACGACAUAAAUGUGAUGAAUGUGGGAAGAGCUUUGCUCAGAGUUCAGGUCUUGUUCGCCACUGGAGAAUCCACACUGGGGAGAAACCCUAUCAGUGUAAUGUGUGUGGUAAAGCCUUCAGUUACAGGUCAGCCCUUCUUUCCCAUCAGGAUAUCCACAACAAAGUAAAACGCUACCACUGUAAGGAGUGUGGUAAAGCCUUCAGUCAAAACACAGGCCUGAUCCUGCACCAGAGGAUCCAUACUGGGGAGAAGCCAUAUCAGUGCAAUCAGUGUGGGAAGGCUUUCAGUCAGAGUGCGGGCCUUAUUCUGCACCAGAGAAUCCACAGUGGGGAGAGACCCUAUGAAUGUAAUGAGUGUGGGAAAGCUUUCAGUCAUAGCUCACACCUCAUUGGACAUCAGAGAAUCCACACUGGGGAGAAGCCCUAUGAGUGUGAUGAGUGUGGGAAAACCUUCAGGCGGAGCUCACAUCUUAUUGGCCAUCAGAGAAGCCACACUGGGGAGAAACCCUACAAAUGCAAUGAGUGUGGGAGGGCCUUCAGUCAAAAGUCAGGCCUUAUUGAACAUCAGAGAAUCCACACUGGAGAAAGACCCUAUAAAUGUAAAGAAUGUGGGAAAGCUUUCAAUGGGAACACUGGCCUCAUUCAGCAUCUGAGAAUUCACACAGGGGAGAAGCCCUAUCAAUGUAAUGAGUGUGGGAAAGCCUUUAUUCAGAGGUCAAGUCUCAUUCGACAUCAGAGAAUCCACAGUGGAGAAAAAUCUGAAUCCACGGGAGUUUAGGAAAAAACUUUAGUCA